CCGGCACCCAGCCAUAAUAUUCCAAGGAUCCCAGCGCGGACAACCAAUGGCAGCCCGCCAGGCACCACUCCAUGGCAUUUAGCAGUAAACAAGCGGCGGAGACGCUGACCUGCGGUGUAGUAAGAUUUGGGAAGCUGCGACUCGACAUUGCAGCAGUGGCCAUUGCCGGAUUUUCAACCAUCUCUUGCGUUCGUUGGUUGGUCGGCCAUGGUGAUGGAGGUGGAGGCCGACAUGGAGCGGGUGCUCGAGCGCUUCGACCUCAUCCUCGACCGCGACGGCCGGAGGAAUUCAUGUGGGACAGGGAGUGAUCUGAGCAGGAGCGGCGGAGGAGGAGCGGCGGGGGAAGAAGGCGGCGGCGGCGUGGUGAAGGAGCGGAUCGCGCGGGCGCUAAGGAUUUACAAGGAGGAGGAGGAGGCGGACGUGGACGGCGAGCGAGGCGGCGUGCUGGUGCAGGUGUGGGCGCCGGCGAGGGACGGCGACCGCCGCGUGCUGGCCACCCGGGGGCAGCCGUUCGUGCUGGCGCCGCCGCAGUGCCACCGGCUGUUCCAGUACCGGACGGUGUCGCUCACUCACGCCUUCCCCGUCGGCGGCGCCGGCGUCCCCGGGGAGCGCGGGCUGCCAGGGCGGGUGUUCGACGCGGGGGCGCCGGAGUGGACGCCCAACGUGCAGUACUACGGCAGCGGCGAGUACGCGCGCAUCAGCUACGCCCUCAUCUACGACAUCCAGGCCGCCCUAGCGCUGCCCAUCCUUGACCCCGACACCGGCUCCUGCCUCGCCGUGCUCGAGCUGGUCAUGACCUCGCCGAGGCUCCGCUUCGCCGCCGUGGUCGACAAGCUCUCCAAGGCUCUCCAGGCCGUGGCACUAAGAAGUUCAGAGAUCUGCUGCCCUCCGCCCGAGAUUUGCAACGACGAGGCGGCUGAUCAGCGAGCCAUGUCCGGGAUUUCAGAGCUCCUGACCACGGUGUGCGAAGCUCACAGGCUGCCACUGGCACAGACCUGGGUCAGAUGCAAGCGCUGCAACCCCGACACGCGACGCGGCGCCGCUCUGACGGCGGAAGGCGCGCCCUUCCACCUCGCCGACGAGGGCGUCCGCGGCUUCCGCGACGCCUGCGCCGAGCACCACCUGCGUUCCGGCCGGGGGGGACUCGUCGAGGAGGCGGACGCGGCGCGGAAGCCCCGCUUCUGCGCCGACGUGACCAGGUACUCCAUGGACGCGUACCCGCUCGCGCACCACGCGCGCUUCUGCGGCCUGGUGAGUUGCCUCGCCGUGAGCGUGCAGCUGUGGCGCGACGACGACGCGUCCAUGGACGGUGGCCACGGCCGGGAAGAGUGUGUGCUGGAGUUCUUUCUCCCGCCGGACUGCAGAGACGGCGCGGCGCAGAAGGGGAUGGUGGAGGCCGUCGUUGCCACAAUCAUGGAACGCUUUGGCAAUGGCGAUCUGAAAGCUAUCGCGAUAAGCGGCUUGCAAGAUUUGAAUUUUGAGAUUGUUGCAGAUGGAGAGUGUGUGGUACGGCCUGAUCGUGUCAUCGUGGCUGAUACCCAUGAGCUCGAGCUGAACGAACAUGGAGGAGACAAGAAGGAUUCUGAUGAGGAGGAUGUGCAUCUGGCAGCAGCUGUGGGUAGUGCAGACAUUGAAGCACCCAAGAUGAACAAUGGUGAACAAAAGGAAGGUGAGAAUCCAAGAUCACGAGUUGGCAAGAAGAAGAAGAAGAAGGGGAAAAGAAAGGGUGAAAAAACUGUGAGUUUGGAGGAACUGCAGAGAUACUUUUCUGGGAGCCUGAAAGAUGCAGCGACGAGCCUUGGCGUUAGUCCGACAACGAUGAAGCGCAUCUGCAGACAGCACGGCAUCUCCAGAUGGCCCUUUCGCAAGAUCGCCAAGGCGAACCGCUCCCUUGACAAGAUCAAGCAUGUCUUCGAAUCGGUGCAAUACUCAUCAAAGCCCAUGGCUGCUGCUGCUUCUCAGCAAGCUGCAGCUGUGGCUGUUGCACGCCGUCCUCCUGCUCUGCCAUGCCUAUCAAGUGCUCUGGGAGUGGCCUCCUCCCAAGGCUCAUGCCAAGAGCCUCCUCCCCUCAAGAACACCGCAUUGCGCACGCCUUUGCGUGGCGGGGACGCCUGGGUGGUGACCGUCAAGGCCAGCUACAGAGGAGACAUCAUCAGGUUCAGGGUGCCGUGCUCUGCCGGUGUCGCGGCUGUGAAGAUGGAGGUGGCCAAGAGGCUGGGACUGGAGGCCAGUUCAUUUUAUGUCAAGUACCUCGACGAUGACAACGAGUGGGUGCUCCUGUCCUGCGACGCCGACUUCCAGGAGUGCCUCGACGUCGUCCCGGCGUUGUCAGCAGCGUCGUCGUCUGGCUCCGGAGCGGCUCAGCCGGUGGUCAGGCUGAUGGUGCAGGAGGUGGCUGACAUCCAUGGGAGCUCCUGUGGCAGCUCAGAUUAGUCACAGAACUAGAGGUGUAGGGCUUAACCAAUGCAUGCUACAUGCAUUUUGAC